GCAAGUGUCAGCAGCUCUAUUAAUGGCCAGCUAUACCUCUUUAGCAGUCUUUCUAUUGACUCUCUUCACCUUCACAGCCUCAAAAGAGGCUAAUCUUAUCCUCCUUGAUGACCCUGGAGAAGCAGUCUGUCUGGAUGGAUCACCUCCUGGUUUUUAUUACAGGGAAGGGUCGGGUAGUGAUGCUACUAAGAUAAUAAUACAUUUAGAAGGAGGAGGAGUGUGUGUGGAUGAGGAGGACUGCCUUGGUAGGAGCAAGACUGAUCUGGGGUCUUCAAAGAAUUGGAAACAGAUGGCAGAUUUUGGAGGAUUCCUGUCCGACAUUAAAUUGUUUAAUGAAAAGUUUUACGACUGGAAUAUUGUUUUUGUGAAGUACUGUGAUGGGGGACUUUACUCAGGAUACGUGUCUCAACCAGUAGAUGUGAAUGGUACUUCAAUAUACUUCAGGGGUAAUACGAUACUUAAAGCAAUCAUGCAGUACCUUCGUGACAAUGGGAUCAAAGAAGCAUCAGAUGUAAUACUAACUGGCUGCUCAGCUGGUGGAAUCGCUACAUACAUACAUGCUGACUAUGUAAGAAGUGUUUUGCCUUCUUCUGUAAAUUACCGUGCAAUGUCAGAUGCUGGAUAUUUCAUUGAAGUGCUGAAUGUUAAUGGGGAGCCAAUUGCAAAGGAAAGAGGACAGAAAGUAUAUAAGCUACAUAAUAUGUCAAUCAGCUUGGAUGAGGAUUGUGCUAAAGAUUAUACUGGAAAUGACACUUAUAAGUGCACAGCACCACAGUAUCUGUAUCCCUACAUAAAAACUCCCAUCUUCUCAUUUAAUUCACAAUAUGAUACAUGGCAGAUAGAGAAUAAUCUCCAGUUAGACUGUGACCCACCACACUGCACUCCAGAACAGAUGGAGAAACUUCAAGAGUUUUUUAAGGAAUUUCAAGCAGCAGAGACUAAUAUUAUAAACUCAACUACUAAUGGUGCCUUUCUUGAUUCUUGCUUUGCUCAUUGUCAGUCACUUGAUAGCCAUGGAUGGAAUAGAGUUAAGGUUGGAGGACAGAGUGCAGCAGAGACAUUUGCUAACUGGUACUUUGGUGAGUCUGAAGGAAGUGUCAAAGAAGUUGAUUGUCCUUAUCCAUGCAAUAAAUCUUGCUGAUAUAGUGAUACACCUUUUAUGUGAAUGUGUGAAUGAUUUUUUAACUAUGAAUUUUAUAUUACACUAAAAUGAA